AUGGGGAGGCUCAGAGCCGGAAGAGUGGGGUGGAUAGGCGGGACGUGGGAGAGGCAGGCGAAGAUGCCGCCUGGGAAGAUGAAGCAGAGGAAGAAGAGGCAGAGAUGA